AUGGCUUCCAAUGUGCAAGACUCGCCUGUGGUCCAGCAGACAUUUGUUGAGGAAAUAGAUUAUAGUGAAAUACAGGAGCUGUCGGUAGUGGGAAAAGGUGCGUUUGGCGUGGUAUGGAAGGGCUUAUGGCGGAACACGUAUGUCGCAGUGAAACACAUAAACUCAGAGGCAGAAAAGCGUGAAUUUGCUAUUGAAGUCCGGCAAUUAUCGCGUGUUUCACAUCCAAAUAUCGUACGACUGUAUGGCGCUUGUACUAAAGGAGCUCAUGUUUGCCUCGUAAUGGAAUAUGCAGAAGGUGGCUCACUUUACAAUGUUCUUCACAACAGGCCCAAGCCAAAAUACACUGCAGCACAUGCCAUGAGCUGGGCACUGCAAUGUGCUGAGGGUGUUGCCUAUUUACAUGCAAUGAAACCCAAGCCAUUAAUACACAGGGACUUAAAACCUCCUAAUUUAUUAUUAGUUGGGGGUGGUCAGCGGCUCAAAAUAUGUGAUUUUGGAACAGCAGCUGAUAAAGCUACUUAUAUGACAAAUAAUAAAGGAAGUGCGGCUUGGAUGGCACCUGAGGUGUUUGAAGGGUCAUCAUAUACAGAAAAGUGUGAUGUAUUUUCAUGGGGCAUUAUUCUUUGGGAGGUGUUAUCUAGAAGGAAGCCUUUUGAAGAAGGUGGUUCAGCAUUUAGGAUUAUGUGGGCGGUACAUACAGGGCAAAGGCCUAAUCUUAUUGAGGGUUGUCCUGAGCCAAUUGAACAAUUAAUGACACAAUGCUGGCACAAAGUACCAGCUGAGAGACCUAGUAUGGCGAAAGUAGUCGAAAUUAUGACGGCGCUUUGUGCUUUCUUUCCUGGAGCUGAUACUCCAAUUGACUACAAUGAUUGUGAAGACGAUGACACAGAAUAUUCGGACGAAGACUUUAUUAUGUAUGACACCCAUGAUAGUUUAGAUGCUGAAACAGAUAAUACAUCACAAGUUCAUGACUCCAUCAACUAUCCAGAAGAAACGUUGUCGAAUCCUGUAAUGUACAGACAUUCAAGCAGGCCCGAAUUGUCACCAAGGCCGCGUAGUCUAGUCGAAACCCAAGUAAAUAAACUUCAAAAUCUCAUAGCAUCUGAAGCUCAACCAAAAUCAGGUGCCUUAUAUAAAGACGACUUAGACUUACAAAAUAGAAUAGGCCCAGUCAGAAUUCCACAGCAAUUUAUAAAGCCAGAGUCAUAUGCUGAAGCUGGUCGGUCACCAGUUAUUAUUAACCGUACAUCUAGUUCUCCUGUACCGUCUGAUAAAACUUACAUGCCAAGUGAAGGAAGUACACCACAAGACACUUUACGUAUUGUCCGUAGCCCUGCUAUAUUUAGUGAGAGUUCAUCGCCUAGAAGACUAUCACCAAUAGUUAAUUAUAACAUUGGCAACAUGAAUCCAAGGCAUAUAGACAUAGAGCAAUACUGGAACAGAGAGAACAACAAGUCACCAGUUAGAAGUCCAUCUAUGACAAGUAACACUAAUUCAUUAAAAAAGGAGGAUUAUAAUCAAAACUACUGUGAUAGAUUAAGUGCAGGAAAUAGCCCCAUGACACCUAAGGAGUUCAAUGGAAAUAUGCAGCAAAGAACACUGGAUUCACGAUAUCAAACACCAUUGCAAAUUGAAGUAGAUCCUAACGCGUGGGAGCUGAAUGACUUGCCGCUCGAUUUUGAUGGUUACGUGGAAGUCAAGAAUAUGGCGGGAUUUGAUAAAUUUAUCCCAGUCGGUAACAGUAGCGGGUCGACACCGGCAGAGGGCGGAGCUCAGCCACCGUCGGAGCCCGACCCUGACCUGGACUCCAUGCACAUGAUGCUCGAUCCACACCUGAGACCCAUCUCGCCGGACCUCAGCAACGAGGAGUCCAAGCGCAUCUUCGAGGAACACAAGCAACUGGCGCAAGAGUACCUUAAAACGCAGACUGAGUUAGCGUAUUUGAGCAAUCACAAAUCAGAACUGGAGGAAAAUAUGGACUCAGAGGAGCUCCGGCAGAAAAGAGAAAUUAUACAACUUGAAAAUGAGAAGGACUCGUUACUUAAAUUAUACUGUACCCUCAAGAAGCAGUUAGCGCGAGCUGAGAACGAAAGUUGGUUACUACAAGAGGAUAUGCCGCACGAGUGA